AGGCCUUUGUGAGUCAAUCAAGCGAUUUAUUGUGGUUGUUAUGGAUAUGCGUUAACGUAGUUGCUACUGUAAGGUAGGUAUUUUUACUAUAGGAAGGGUUGCUGAAAAGCAUAGCAUGUGGUCGGUGUACACCGCCGCAAUCAUCAACAGAAAAGAGCUCAAUGGCUUAUGCGACAUACUCGUAACUGUACAAGUUAAAUGCGCGGUCUCUUGGGCAUGCGGGGACAGAGCUGGUUCUCUCCUAAACGCAUAUGAAAGCCUACUACAAGUCCAUCGUCCUUGUCUUCACUCUAUGUCUUAUCUCGUGGACGUGCAAAGCCAGUCCGGUUAAAUCCGGAAGCCCUGGCACGAUCGAUACAAGUGGCAAUACCGCCCCUAGUACCAAUGAUGAUGGGACAAUUGUCCAAAGCCCAGACAACACGGAAAGUCCAACUGAAGUGCAGAGUCCUGGAGGGUUCGAUUCGGGUUCGCCUACGGAAGUCGACACAGAUAACGACAUUCCUGCUACGGGACAAACACAACAGUACGAAUACAUAGGCCCGUUGUUCGUGAGGCUCAAGGUAACCAUGGGCAGCGCCCUCUUCACCAAGCUUGUUGAGCAGGCAACGGAUGUAACGAUGGUGGCAUUGAAGAAGGAAGCAGUGAUGGACAGAAAGUACGACCGGUUUCGAGGAUGCGAGAUGUUUGAAUAUCUUUACAGCGAAAAUAAGGGCAGAAUGAUCGCCGCUAAACCGACGCGGCCUGGACAGAGGAGCAGGACAGCGUAUGGGAAAUUUAUGAACGAAGAGAAAAGACUAAAGUUGAAGGCGCAGUUUGAAAUCAAGAAAUGUGCAAGGGACGCUCUCAACGAGAAAAAAAGUGCUUCCUGAAGGCACGUAUCAAUAGCUCACGUCUCUACCACAAUACUAAGAAUUGUCUCGUAUGGUCAGCAUUUGCAAUUAAGCCAAAUGCAUGUACUCAUCUAAUGAUAAACGCGUUAGUUCGAGAGACUCACAAUUUCGAGCUAUGGAAAGGAUAUUAAUGCAACUAUGUACCUGGAUGUACAUUCGAAACAAGAUCACAUCAACUAUUCUCACGUCAGCCUGUUCCGGCGAGCAUAAGAACUUGAGCUGUAAAUGAGAACUGAUGUUGAUCUUUUUCACCUAUCCUGUGGUUCACU